UAUACGACUCACAUGUUGUUUUCGUUAUUCUUACGUCGCAGUUUCAUGAAACGAUAUUAAUCACCGCUGGAAGAUACGGUGGUGUUCUACAACCUCUAUCUAUCAAUUGCGAAAGUCUUGAAUACAAACAUAGCAUUGGUUAAGGAAAAAAACAGAAAAGUGCCUAAUCUUCUGUAGAUUCAUAUGAUUGUAGGACGUUAAGAAAACCAACACCAUGGAUUUAACAAAGGAAGAAUUAUCGAAAAAAUUCGAGUUAUUGGAGGAUGACGUUCCUGUAUGGGCUACUUCAUUAUUUGAAAAGAUGAAGGCUGAAAUCUGUGCUGAAGUUCACGCUAAAGUGGCUUACAGUAUGAGAAUCAUGCUUGAUCAAUUUCAUGAAGAUCUGAAAUUGUCUUUGCAGUCACUCCAGGUGCCAAUAAAAGAUGAUGUUUGUUUUUGCAAAGAAAUUGACUCGUGCAAAGAAAAAUAUGCAGUGUUAUGUGCAUCACAUCAUGUGAUGGCAAAAGAAGAGAAAAAACGAAUUAAGAGACUGAAGAAAGAAGAAAAGAAAAUCAACAAGCAGCAGAAGAAUGUUAGUGAAUCAGAUACAGAUAAUGAGAAAAAUACAGAGGUAAGUUUUACCACGGUAAACCUUCCAGUACCUGCACAGAAGUAUGAUCCAACAAAGGCACCGCCAGUGCCUCCCAGAAAGACAAGCCCAAAGAAGACUUCUGUUACUUCUCCUGUUUCCUCUCCUUCUGAUGUCCUGAGUCAGCUAAAUGACGAUAUUGCACGUAACACGGAACUGCUAGCACAUAUUACAGAUGGGUUAAAUAUGGAUCGACAAGAACUUAUAAAUGGAUCUGUAGGAACGUUGAAUAUUGAAGAGCAUACUUUCGAACUCCAGAUGUCAACAGAAGGCCAGUAUGAGUUUGCCAUGCCACAAGGAGAAACAAAAGAAAGCUUGAAGGAAGAAAAACUGAAGAAUGAGCGAAAUCCCGUCACCGAAGCCGUUGAAACUGUAUUCAGUCCAUCAGACAGCGAAUUCGAGGUGAUUUCAAUGCCACACAACAUUAGAGCGGGCUCGGAGUACACUCCACUGCCAGGGGACACGUCUGCAUUGAUGUCGGACUAUGAUGAUAGCAGCAGUGACGGUUUUAAUUCUGAAACCGAGCAUGAAUUUAAAGACUGCAAACAGCCAUCACCUGAUGUUUUCAACAAUCUUCAACCAAGUGGCUCGCUGUAUCCAGAAUUGGAGCUUAAAAAGAUGUCGCUUUCACUCAUGUCGUCAACGACAUCUACACUUUUAGAUGGUUACGUGCCCUCGUCCUCAACCGAUGGUGCCGUAGCGCUGAAAUCAACGGUCAUAGAAAUCGAACGAGAAAGGGCACCGUAUAGCGUACCACCAGAAGAUGUGGAAAAAAUUAACAGCCAGGAAAUAGUUCACAACCAGCCGCUGCCAUCAGAGUUCCUGCGUGAUCGUAAGCCAUACACCCAUGUUCCGUUAGAAGAGCCAAAACAACCACCACCUCAAUCUCCGCAACAACAAACACAAGUCCCAAAAGUUUCUCGACCGUCUCAGCAAAAUCAACGAGAUUCAACUUAUCGUGUAGAUAACAUCCCAGAAUCUUUUUGGGAUGAAGCGAUGACUGUUGCUGCUCACACUUAUAAUGCAGCUAAAUCAGCUGUUGGAACCUUGGCCGACACAUUCGUCCCUGGUGUUGCUGCCCAGGGUGUUUCGUCAAGCCCGCAGCCCAGAAACAGCCCAGUUCGGAUCCAGCCAGCAUACCGCGUGGAGAUGGCUGAAAAAGAACAGAAGCUAUUCGAAAUGGGUUUUCUCGACCAUGGUCUCAAUGCCACUCUAUUAGUACGUCACAAUGGCGACAUGGAUCGAGUUAUCGCUGAGCUGAUCGAACCGUGAUUUUCGCCAGCGAACAAUAUUUUAAGUCUUUGCACUUUGUAAUACCUUUAACAGUUCUAUGUUCUUUCCUUUUUUCCAUCAUUUGGUACUUCAAUGGUAGGGCUUAUUUACGGAAGAGGGGAUGAUAUCCUACGGUGGCAGUGUUCCAGAGAAUCCUAAAACUGCAAUUUCAAUUUAAAAAAUAUUCUUUUAAGAGAUGGUACGUGAUGUGAUAGCUUGCAAAAAAAAAAGGAAAAAAAUCCAGUCCAAGAAUCAGUUUUUGUGAUUUUCUUUGAAUAGACGUAAAUGGGUAAGCGCGAAUUUUGGCUUGCACCUUCUUUAAUCCUUUGGCAUACAUCACCUUCUGUUGGCGUAGAAUAGUCACCUUUAUGUAAUCGACAAAUUCGUGAUUCUAAAAAUACAAACGUUACUUCAAAACAUAAAAUCGGAAUAACAAGAAGGAGAAUGUUCAUUUUUUCUUUCCGCGUACUAAAAAUAUAUUGACAGAUUUCUCUGGAUGCGUCAGUUCCAGGACUAUGUUUCUCUUUUUUAAAUCUGAGUUGAUGCAUUUUUGCUGAGAGGAGGGCUGGCGGGCAACACACACACGCACACAAAAAGUUAUAUAUAACACGCACUAAACUCAGAAUUAAUUUUUUUCCGAGGGGGGAUGAGGUGGGGCUGGCGCAAUCUGCCAAAUACACAGCGAGAGAAAAGGCAACACGUCAACGUGAAAACGAUAGAGGAUCAUAUUAAGAAGCUGAGAGAGAUACAAAGAUACACCAAAUCAAUUGUUUUCGAGGUGAUAAGGCACACACGGUAAAUU